GUUCGUCUUGCUUGAGAAUAGUCUACUAGUCUAGGAUCCAACGCCACUGCAGUAUCAUUUUUUUCCCAUCUCACUCACUCAUCAUGCCGUGCAGACCUGCUAUUGCUUCCAUGUCCGUCGGCCGCGCCUGGGUGCAUCGCCUCCCCGACAAACUCCCCGAGAUCGCAGCCGCGGGGUUUCACGGUCUGGAAAUCUUCUACGAGGACCUCGAGUACCGGGCGCGCGAGCUCGGCGAGGUGAACGAAGACACGCUCUUGGCGGCCGCACGCGAGACCAAAGAGCAAUGCGACCAACGCGGACUCCAGAUCAUCGGGCUGCAGCCAUUUCUGUUCUACGAGGGCCUCGUCGACCGCGACGAGCACCGCCAGAAGAUUGCCAAGUUGCACCUCUGGUUCAAGAUUGUCCAAGCCCUCGGCACCGACCUCAUCCAGAUCCCCUCCAACUUCCAACCCUCCGGCACCUCGGGCGAUCUGGAUCUGAUCGUAGCCGACAUGGUGGAAGUGGCUGAGCUGGGGCUGCAGCAGUCACCGGUCGUGCGCUUUGCCUACGAAAACCUCGCGUGGGCGACGCAUGUGUCGGCGUGGGAGACGCUGUGGGAGGUGGUGCAGCGCGUGGACCGGCCGAAUUUCGGGUGCUGUCUGGAUACCUUCAACAUCGCCGGCCGGGUGUGGGCGGAUCCCACGGCGCCGGAUGGGAAAGCCCCCAAUGCCGACGCGGCGUUGGCGGACUCCCUGGCGCGUUUGGCGCGCACGGUGGAUGUGCGCAAGGUGUUUUACCUGCAGGUGGUGGAUGCAGAGCGCAUGGAGCAGCCGCUCCUCCCCGGACAUCCGUUUCACUUGGAGGGGCAACCGGCGCGCAUGAGCUGGAGUCGCAAUGCGCGACUCUUCCUGUACGAGCAGGACCGAGGCGGAUAUCUUCCAGUGGUCGAGAUCGCCCGAGUGUUUUUGACGGAGCUGGGAUUUGAGGGAUGGGUGUCGAUGGAGCUCUUCUCGCGGACGAUGGCGGAUCCAGACCCGUCGGUGCCUCGUUCGCAUGCUCAGCGGGCCAUCAAAGCUUGGAAUCGGCUGGCAGAGGAGCUGGAUCUGUGA